AUGGCGAGCAGGUUUGCGUCCAUCAGCGACGAAGUUAAAGAGUUUACAGAAAAACUUGAAAAUGAGAAGACGAAGAAGAAAACCUUGUACGACAUAAAAGUUUUCAAAGAAUAUCUUGACGCCUGUGACGAGAAAAGGGAAAUUGAAGAUAUUACGCCCGUGGAACUGCAAGAAAUCAUCAAAAAAUUUGUUCUUGCUGUGCGAAAGAAAAAUGGUGAAGAAUACGAACCCUCGUCCCUCAGAGCGUUUAUCCAAAGCAUCGACCGGCAUCUUCGCAAAAACAACUAUGGAUUAUCCGUGCUUAACGACAAGGAAUUUCACGAAGUGCAAGAUAUUUUAAAGAAGAAACAAAAGCAGCUGAAAUCCAUCGGGAAGGGAAACCGGCCUAAUGCAGCAGACCCGCUGUCAGAUGAAGACAUUGACACUUUUUACGGCCGCAAAGUCCUAGGAAUUCACUCUCCUAGAGCUCUAUUAAAUACCCUCUGGAUGAACAACUGUACAUUCUUCGGUAUGAGGCCAGGAAAAGAGCAGAGAGACCUUUGCUGGGGCGAUUUGCAAUUAAAAACAGAUUCGGAGGGAAACCGCUUGAUCGAGUUUAACAUUGAAAGACAAACGAAAACGCGUACCGGCGAAAACCCUCGAAAUAUUAGAGAGAAGAAACCUAAAAUGUACGAAGACAAGAGUAACGCAGAUCGCUGCCCCGUCAACACCUACUUGGCUUACAAAGAGCACCGGCCCACAAGCAUGAUGACCGAUGAAUCUCCUUUCUAUCUUGCGGUUAAUAACGAAAACCCGAAACCUGGUCAAAUGUGGUUCAAAUGCUCUCCGCUUGGAGUCAACUCCUUGAGAAGCAUGCUCAAGAACAUGAGAUUCGGGCCUAGAAACAGAUAA